AUGCGGUCGCCGCCAGGACUCGUCUUGAUGCUCUGGCUUCUGAUUGCUCUGGCGCUUUUCGUUGUCACUCGAGUAUCUCCUUCACGAAAUGGCCCAGUCGCAGCGCGCUUGUACGACUGGGGCCUCUUCGGACUUUUUCCGAGGCAGUCAUAUAAAUCAUCUGAUUUGAGACCACCACUGCUAAACUAUGCCAGAAGGGACAGACGAUGCGACAGCGGGUUUAGCGUUAUCGGACCUCGAGGGACCAUGGUCUCAACACCUGGGCCUGUCAUUCUGGACUGGCAAGGCGAAUUGAUCUGGAUGGAAGACCAAGGUCGAGACUAUUUGACAUUCUGGAUCGGCUCAGAUACCGGGACUUUCGGGACGGGGAAAUAUGUCAUGCUUGAUCAAAGCUAUCAAGUGUACAAGACGAUCUCUGCAACAAAUGAUCUCGAUGGAGAUUUGCACGAAUUCAAGAUCACCGAGAACGGCACAGCAUUGAUGACCGUCUACAAAGGGACCACCGCCGACUUGACUGCUUUUGGGAUUGCGUCGCAAGGCUGGAUAUACGACAGUAUAUUCCAAGAGAUCGAUAUUGAGACGGGAGAGCUUCUGUUCGAGUGGCGUGCAUCCGAGCACUACCGUAUCGAAGAUACCUUCCACACCAUCGAAGCCGAGGCGCGACGACCAGACUCAUCUGACAGGACAGACAGCGCCAUAGGGAUGGAAAGCAAGUCAGCGUGGGAUUUCUUCCACAUAAACAGCGUCGACAAGGACACGCAAGGCAACUACUACAUUUCAUCUCGCUACAUGCACUCGAUAACGUGCAUCAGCCCUUCAGGCGAGAUUGUCUGGAUCCUCGGCGGCAAGCAAAAUCAGUUCACUGAUCUCUCCAACGGAGCAGCCACCAAUUUCAAAUUCCAACACCAUGCCAGGGUUCACGAGAACAAUAUUCUGACCAUCUUCGACAAUGGGAAAUACGAUGCGCGUUCAGAUAAUGCCGAGUACAGUCGCGGUCUGUUGGUUCGGCUAGACCUCGCAAAUAUGACAGCAACGGUGCUUCAAGAGUACGUCCACCCGGACAGAGUCCUUGUUGGCAGCCAGGGAUCGGUACAGCUGCUUCCAGACUCGCGCCACGCAGUAGUAGGCUGGGGAUAUGUACCGGCUUUCACAGAAUUCGACACGGACGGCUCCGUGCUUUGCGACGUGCACAUUGCACCUUCAAUCAAUUAUCGCACAUUUCGCACUUCGUCGUGGGUGGGAAAACCCUCAACACAGGCAGAUGUGUAUCUCCGGCCCCGCGAGGGAAGGCUGUAUGUGAGCUGGAACGGCGCGACUGAAGUCGAUCGCUGGCUUCUCCAGGGCCGCGAGAUCAUCGAUCAAGCUGCCCUCUACGUCGACCUCGCCUCCGUCAAAAAGGAAGGCUUCGAGUCAUCCAUCGAGAUCUCUAGUGAUAUGCCCUUGUUUGUGCGACUGGCUGCUCUGGACAAAGGUGGAAAUGUACUCGGCUAUAGUGUGGAGCUUAGUCGCAAGAUCGGCAAUGCGCCGUCAGAGUUGCCUCAGCUCAUGGUACUUUUGGUCCUGAUGGCAUGCCUUGCGUAUUAUCUCUGGAGGGUCAGAGCCUCGAUUCCUGGGCUGGCGAAGGCAAGGGACAUACUGGACGGGGUGGGAGGUCGGAAGUUGAAGGCGGCUCUGGCCUUUCCGAAACGAAGUUCGAUCACGAAGUGUGAAGCCGACGACUGGGCUGAAGAGUGUAGUGUGGGCGAGAGUGGACGGACAGAUGUGGAAGGGGGUUUGGCAUACACCCAUGAAGGCGGCUUUAGGGAUGAAGAGCUUCAACCAUUGUAUCACGAAGAGGGUAUGUAG